UUGGUGUUGUUUUUGUUGGUGCCUGUUUUUCAGGCAGCAGCUGUCGAGCUUGCUCGCGUUACAACGGUCCCCAUUAGCUAGUUAGCGUUAUGUAGUUCCAGUUUAGGGUCUCUUGCCAAUUUCUCCAAGCAGCGCUUUCUGUCAGCUUUGGCUUGAGGAGAGGUGUGAGCCACAAUUAGGUCGCCAUUGUGUAAAACAGGUAAAGGCGUCACUGACAUCUUUUCCUGUUAUUUUACUUUGCUUUUAUUAUGUUUACUGGUAUUUACUGAUACUGUAAUUCUCAGUUGGGUCAGUUUUUCGGUCAGCCAGCUAUGUCGAGUAAUGCUUCUGGAUAUGUUUGAUAGAAUCCAGAAUCGCGGUAUUUUCCUAACAUGUCACAGUAUCAGUGUAUUUAAGAUGAUUUUUAGGUUAACGCGAGUAAAGUGAGCGAGCCAUGCUUCCUGAAUAGUGUUAAGUCAACGUGUUGCACGCCUAGCAAAGGGAACCUGACACAGUGUUAUAAAGGCCAAAGGGAGGAUUCCACCUUGUUUAAUCAAGGCGUUGCUCUGAUAUAAGCGGAGACAUUCAGAGUUGGUUGAUGUGAAAUGCUAAUUUCUAGAGAAACAUACCCAGUCAGAAUUUUUCACCGCAGUGGUGAUGGGAACCAGAUGUCUAACGAGUUUAAUGCCUCAAAACUCUCACUCACAGAAAGUUUGUACAUGAGAUGUUUGUCUGAGACAUUGAUGUGCUAUAGUUUUGAUGUAAAUGUUAUUGAAGAUAUCAUGCUUAUUAUUAUAUCACGCUUAUUACAAUCAAUAGCGCUAAAUCUGAAACCCAUGCUGUGCCACUAUCACAGUGUACUGGUAUAGAGAAUAUAGGCUAUGCUGUAUAGUAAGUGUGGUAAUGAAAUCAUGUGUUGCUGCUAACAUAUUUGUGUAAACUGAUAUGUCCACUUUUUUCAAGUAAAACAAACCAAUGGGGACAGGAGCACCACUGUAUGGACUUAAUUUUAGAGAAAAAGACAAAUACAUUAAACUUUGAAUACCUUUAAAGAUGAAGACUGAGCCUUAAGGUUCAUGUGUGGCUAAAUUUCUAAUUUCUGUCACACUGAACAUUUUGCCAGUGUCAUACAGUGUCACAUGUGAAGUCUUCCUGUGAAGUGAAGUGAAGUGAGUUCUGUAGAUGUGCUCUGUGAACUGUGUUUGUGUCUGUAGCCCCGGAUGAUACAUUAGUGUGCUGUUCCCUUUCCCUUCUCCUGAAGACCUCCAUCCCCUCCUCUUUCUCCUCCUCCACAUCCUUCUGAGACCCCAGUGAUGUGGCCCCACGGCUGCGCCUUCCUGUCACAGUACACCCACCAUCACCUGGUCGCGUUCCUCCUCACCUUCUUUAGCUAUGUCUUGCUGCAUGCCUCCCGUAAGACAUUCAGUAAUGUAAAAGUUAGCAUCUCCGCACAGUGGACUCCUUCAGUGCAGAACGCCAGCUCGCCUGCUUUUUCCCCUGGGGAGACAUGGGAAGAGAAUAAGCUGUUUGCAGACAAUGGGGAGGCCACACUGUUCUUGGGUGCACUGGACACCAUCUUUCUCUUCUCCUAUGCCGUGGGCUUGUACAUCAGUGGGGUGAUAGGUGAUCGUCUGAACCUUCGUUAUGUUCUCUCUGCUGGACUGUGUGGUUCAGCUGUUGUGGAGUUCCUAUUUGGCACUUUGACGGAGUGGCUGCACUUUUAUAAUGUGUAUUUCUACUGCUCUCUGUGGGUCCUGAAUGGCCUGCUUCAGUCUGCAGUAUGGCCCUGUGUGGUGGCCGUCAUGGGCAACUGGUUUGGUAAAUCUGGCCGAGGUUUUGUGUUUGGCCUGUGGAGUGCCUGCGCAUCAGUGGGGAACAUUCUUGGAGCGUUCCUGGCCUCCAGUGUCCUCAAGUAUGGCUAUGAGUAUGCUUUCCUGGUGACAUCAGUGGUGCAGUUUGCAGGUGGGGUAGUUGUGUUUUUUGGCCUGCUCACGUCUCCAAAGGAAGUGGGUCUGUGUGAUGGCUUUGCAACAGGCCUGAUACCAGUGGAAAGGGACCCAGACAGCCAACAGCCACUCAUGAGUGAUGACGAGGAGCCUGAUGAAGACGUGGUUUGUGAUGGAGGCUAUUAUUCUAUACAGCAGCGGGAUGAGGAACCUGUGUCUCAAACCAAAGCCAUCGGCUUCUUCCAGGCCUUCUGCCUGCCGGGAGUCCUACCAUACUCUCUUGCCUAUGCUUGUCUGAAGCUGGUGAACUACUCCUUCUUCUUUUGGCUGCCGUUCUAUCUGAGCAACAACUUUAGCUGGAAAGAGGCUCAGGCAGACCGGCUGUCUGUAUGGUAUGAUGUAGGAGGGAUCAUUGGUGGAACAGUGCAAGGCUUGAUCUCUGAUUUCCUUGGUAAAAGGGCCCCUGUACUGUCUGUCAGUUUGCUGCUAGCUAUGGGUGCUUUAGUAGGAUACAGCCACUCUCCAAAUGAUCAAGCCAUAAAUGGAGUGCUUUUAGCAGUUACAGGUUUCCUCAUUGGUGGCCCAUCAAACAUGAUAAGCUCUGCAAUCUCAGCAGACCUAGGCAGACAAGAAGCUCUGCAGGGGAGUCAAGAAGCCUUGGCCACUGUUACAGGCAUUGUGGAUGGAACUGGCAGCAUUGGGGCUGCUGGGGGACAGUACCUGGUGUCACUCAUUGAGAGCAAACUAGGAUGGAUGUGGGUCUUCUACUUCUUCAUACUCAUGACAGGGUUUAGCGUUGUAUUCAUCAUUCCUCUUAUUAUUAGUGAAGUACGCUCCAUGUGCAGAGACAGACAAGCAAGGACGCAUCAGCUUUGAGACCUUCCUGAUUUUUUGGACUCUUUAUUUAUGUUUGGGUUAGUAUGAAGAAGGCGGACAGCAUCUCUGUCCAGACACUCAGUUUUUAGCCAGUUCCCUGGCUGCUUUUUAAAAAUUUUCAGUGAUUGGAUUGGUUUAAAUGGUUAGUGCAUGAUCCCAAGGAUUCAUAUGUUAUGCCAAUGUUACUGAUUGGACAUUGGUAAAUUGGUCAUUUGUAAAGGUAAAUGUCAUCGUCACUGACAAUCAGCUCAGCCAGUCUGUUGGCAACAGAGCUGAGCAUUAAUUUUCACAUGUAUAAAAUGAAAACAAGUUUAAUAUAGUUAAGGUUUAGACUGAAGCAUGCUUGAUAUUGUUGGCUGUAUAACUAGAUAGAAAAAGGUUGGUGAGACAAUUUUAAGUGAGAGUUAAUGAACACACUUAUAUGAUAUGAUGUAUGAUAGCCAUGGAGCUGGUGCCCUUUAUCAUUGGCAAUGUUUAACGCCACAGUUAACAGCACUUUGGUCUGAUUACCUGUGUAACACAUCAUUUUAGUCCUUCGGCCAUUUGGCUACAUGAGUUGGACUGUAUGAAUCCUGCUUAUUAUGCCGUCAAAUGAAAGGUUUCUGUUCUUUCAUUAAAUGGGUUCUAGCACUAACCUUAAGCAUUAUGGCAGGUUUGCAGUCCCCGCAGUCAGGGGUGAUAUAAACAUGGCUGUCGUGCAGGGUGAGGAUGCAUUGACUUCGCUGUAAAAUCUCUCAUCUUUAGAGACUCUUUUAGGACAAGGCACAGUCUCACAGCUUGAAGGCCUUUAGGAAAUAAUGUAUCUUUCAGUGCCUUUAUUUUCAGCCCACAUUUUAAUUCAGAUGGUCUUAGUUCUCCAAAAAAGGAAGUAGUGCAGCAGUUUGUAUGAAUUUCAAUUAGCCAGUCUACGCAGCUCUGUUUUUUCAAGCUGCAUAAAGAACUAAAAAAUAAUAGAAAAUGGGUUACUUGUUAAUCUUUAAUUAUGCUUUUAAAUUUUGAUAUUUAAGAAUCUUUUUUAUUGAUAUUCUGAUUUUACUGGUUGCUAUGAAGGGGCAGGACCCUCAUAGUUGCGGUCUAUAUGUAUAGAUAGAGAGGAACCAAAUCACUCAAUCAUUCCACGCCUGUAGUCUUUUGGGUCUUUUGAUGAAUAGGCACUAAGAACUGGAAUUUUUAGUGGUGCUUUUGGGGACUGUACGAAAAUGGAUUUUAUGUUUUUUAUAUUGUUUUUUUAUUUAACCCUCCUGUUAUCUUUGGGGUAAAUUUGACCCCAUUGAAUGCUUAACAUCUCUAAAUAGAUCACAGACUUAAUUUUUUGCUUCAUAUUUAAUGACUUUUCCCAAUUCAGGGGGGACAACUUGGUAUGUUUAAAAACAUGAUAUGUUUUCUAUGUCCUGUACACAUUUUGUCAGUGUCCUUUGGGGUCAGUUUGACCUUAGGCUAUUUUGGUAUAAAACAAAAGAAAUAUCAACAUUUUACACAUUUUUUUUGGUUGUUUUGCAUGAUAUUGGGGUCAUUAUAACAGGCAAUUUUAUGAUCUUCAAAAAACUUCCCUCAGCUUUAGGGCCCUAACCCAAUAUAUCCAUACAUGAAGUAGUGUAAGAACCACUGAUAAUUCACACAACAAUAACUUUGGUAUUUCCCAAAAGUUUAAAUUGCUGGGAUAAAACUGACCUCAAGGACAAAGAUGUUAGUAAAUUUAAGGAUAACAGGAGGAUUAAAGUAAAAAAACACGUUAAGAAUUUGAACUAGUUUCUAAUGCCUUGACAAAUUGAGUGUUUGUUUGAAAGGAAGUAACUUUGUGUGUGCUAAUGUUAUCUAGGUGUUAUACUAAGCAGUCCGGACCACUUCUAGCUAUAAAGUGGUGUAAGCGGUCACUUAUGGCCCCCAAGCCACCAGGGGUCACUUAUUAUAUAAUUUUAAAAAUUUAAUUAAUGUUGUUUGUAGAAAAAGUGUAUGGAAACUUUCUGAUAUUUGCCUAACCAGAAUUAAUUAGGUAUGGUCAACUCCAGAAGUACUGGCAGCCCACAAUAAACAGCAGAUGUGAUCAUAUAAAAUAUACAAUACAUAUUUUGUAAUUGCCUAACAUUUUUUUAAAUAGAAAUCAUUUCUACAGUAGUGGUGUUUUAUUUUAAUAAUAGCAUAUUCUUUCAAAAACAUAUGGGGCAAAGCUAUUGUGACUACAAUAAUUUAAAUAAGACCAAAGAAAUUUGCAUGUUUUAGGAACAAAAAUGUAGCUUUUCGUUGGAAGCUGCACUGUUGGCUGUGACCAAUUCCUGUUACUCUGGGGUAUAAAUAUAAGGCUGAGACUUGGCCAGGGUUGUACUUUUCAGCAAGAUAAUGACCCUGAACACACAUCAAAAUUUACACAAGUGGGAAAAUCAAAGUUUUGCAAUGUUCCUCACAGUAUUCACAUCUGAAACCAAUUGAAGUGGAACCAAUUGAUGAGGCUGGUCCACAAGCAAAGGUCCAAAAAAAUCGAGGAACUGGAAACAUUCUGCAUGGAGGAGUGGGCCAAAAUGAAGGGUGGCAAUAACUCUGGAGUUGACUCUAUUAAUUAUAUUUAAAUUCAUACAUAGAAGAGCGGAAAAACACGUAUGUGGAGACUUCCCAAAGUAAGAUGUUGCUUUGAGCCCCUAAAUGCUCAGAAAUGGUCUUAAGAGCAGUUACAGUUUACCGACUAGACACCCAUGUUUUGAUGUGUAUAGCAUCUAGAUUUUGAAAGGGUGCAGCGUACAGCAAUAUAUACUUAUAUAAUUCUGACACUAAACUCUGUGUAUGUGUACAUGUGACACUUUGUCAAACAUUUCUCGUGAUAAAAUGUUCUGCAAACCACAGCUAGAUGGACACUCAUACUUUUAAAUUCGCUCACUUGCUUGAUCUGAAGAUCAUCACCAUCAGAACAUCUUAAGUUCUUAGUCAGAUGAUGUUGGAAAAAGAAAAUUACCUUCAAAAAGUGGUAUAGACUGAACUGCACACACAGCCUUUCUUGUAACGCAUGCCUUUAAAAUCAUUCGUACUGUUCAGUUAAAGCUAAAGGAAAACGCUAAUAUUGGUAUUUGUAAAAAUAUAGUCUUUUAAUGGGAAUGAGAUUGAAGCUUCAUCAUGUUUAUUGAUGUGGUGACAGAACUCUAAUGUAGAAUGAACUUGAUCACAUUCACAUAAUGUUGAAAUCAAGCUCAGGUCCUUCCUUGGUGAAUGCUUUAUCUGGCAGCAAAGUUGCUGCUAAGCCACAUUUUUAACGUACCUGAUUUUAAAGGAAUGCGGUCUCUUAUUCUCUCUGGUGGUGUUUUUGUUUUUUUUCUUUUUAAAUGUGAAAGUUCUUGUUUUAUGUGAAUGUUUCACACAUGCACUUUAGAAAGAACGGCUUACAUUUUUCAAUGUUUUAUUUGCUAAGAUGUGAUUUUAAAGUUUUUUUUUUUUACUUAUUAAAAUUGAUUUAUCUGUUAACUCGCAA